UUCCUCAACCGAUUCAUUUCACUACUAACGUUUCUCUCACCUGUGUUGCGAAUUAAGAACAGAAGGAAAAGAAAAAAACGAAGAGAAAAAUGAGUUACUUGAACCGUGUUUGGAUGGCGGCCACCGUGGCUGUGGCGCAGGGUCACACCGAUCCUGGCUACAAGUGCAAGACGGCGCUCAACUCCAUCCACCACAACCGUAGCCGCCUCUUCUCCGGCGGAGCUCUGUCGGAUCUUCGCCCCUUGUCCGGCGUCGUGGGAUCUGACGGCGCCGGCGCUGUGACGGGGAGCCCUGACGUGGAGAAAAGGGUGACUCAAGCGGACGAGUCUCUGCGAAAAGUGAUGUACUUGAGUUGCUGGGGCCAGGGCUGAACCGUGCGUGGCGUUGACAACGGUGGAGAUUAAAGUGGUGCCUGGAAAUGGUGGCCCGGCCCUUGUUUUUGGGUCGGGUUCGGUUCUGAGUUGACCUGACCGGGUCAGAGGGGAUGACUCCGGUUGGAGAGAAGAACUUGGAAUGAUGCGAUCUUGUAAAUGACGUAGCUAUGUAUGUGUACAGAAGAUAACUGGUUUUUCCCACUCUCAGAGUGGAUGGUGAUGAUGAGAUCUGAACUUAUUAAUAAGAAUACCUAAAAUUAUUCAAA